AUGCAGAAGUGUCCUGGGCAGCGAGUUACCACAAAUGGUUGGCUCACAACAGGCAUCGACCCUGUGCCAGCCCUGGAGGCCAGAAGUCUGGCAGUCCCAGGGCGAUCCCGCCUGCCCCCAGCUCUGGGCCUCCAGCCUGCCCCAUGGCCACUGGACCUCGCCUAUUUCCUGUUCCCGUCGGGACACACUCGUCAUCAGACUUGGGACCCGCCCGGCUUUCGGGCAUCUGCUCCUCCUGUGAUCCUUAACUGCACAGUGAAUAACCCUAUACCCUCCAAUUUGAAAUCAGAAGCAAAAAAGGCUGCUAAAAUACUAAGAGAAUUCACGGAAAUAACUUCCAGAAAUGGGCCUGACAAGAUCAUUCCUGCCCACGUCAUCGCCAAGGCCAAAGGCCUCGCCGUCCUGACUGUGAUCAAAGCCGGGUUUCUGGUGACAGCCCGAGGAGGCAGCGGGAUCGUGCUGGCCCGUCGUCCGGAUGGCAAAUGGUCUGCACCUUCAGCCAUUGGGAUCGCUGGCCUUGGAGGGGGAUUUGAAGUCGGAAUUGAGGUAUCAGAUUUAGUAAUAAUUCUGAAUUACGGCAGAGCCGUAGAAGCUUUUGCAAAAGGCGGUAACCUGACGCUUGGAGGGAAUUUCACGGUGGCCGUCGGGCCUUUGGGAAGGAACCUAGAAGGGAACGUCGCCCUGAGGAGCUCGGCCGCCGUCUUCACGUACUGCAAAUCGCGAGGGCUCUUCGCCGGCGUGUCUCUGGAGGGGAGUUGUCUGAUCGAAAGGAAAGAAACUAAUCGAAAAUUUUAUUGUCAAGAUAUUCGAGCUUAUGAUAUUUUAUUUGGAGAUAUACCACGACCUGCUCAAGCAGAAGAUCUCUAUGAAAUCCUCGAUUCCUUCACUGAAAAGUACGAAAAUGAAGGACAACGAAUCAACGCGAGGAGAGCGGCAAGGGAGCAGCGGAGGUCCUCGGCUAAAGAAGUACCUCCAAAACCAGGUUCAAGACCGCAGCCUUCCUCUGCACCAGUCCAGCUGAACUCUGGCUCUCAAAGUAACAGAAAUGAAGAUAAGCUCUAUCCGGAACUUUCCGGCUAUCAUUCGAGAGUUGGCAGUUCAAAUCCACCGAUAGAAGUGACGGCGCUCUAUUCCUUCGAAGGACAACAGCCCGGGGAUUUGAGUUUUCAAGCUGGAGACAAAAUCACAGUUACGUCAAAGACAGACUCGCAUUUUGAUUGGUGGGAAGGAAAUCUUCGUGGUCAAACUGGCAUUUUUCCAGCCAACUAUGUAACCAUGAAUUAAAGUUUAUGCCACUUUCUUCUUUGAGAAUUACAAAAA